AUGUCUAAGCCAGUGUUUAUUCUCCUCCACGGUGCGUGGCACAGUCCUAGGUGCUGGGAUAGUCUCAUCACCGCACUGAGCAAGGCAGGCUACUCGGCUGUUGCCCCAGCCUUACCCUCGUCGGGAUCUACGCCACCUACACCUGACUGGACCAAGGACAUCGAAACCAUCAGGAAUACCGUGGAGAAUCUCGUCGAAGAGAACGAUGUCGUCGUCGUUACGCACAGCUUCAGUGUAUCCAACCUUGUGCAAGCUCUAUGA